UUGGCGAGGCGAGCGUGGGCAGGAGGCGCGCGUGCGUGGCGUGGGCGGCUGCAGGGCUAAAGGUCCUCCUCCUCCUCCUCCUCCUUUUCCUUCUGCUGGGACUGAAAGCCAGAGGUGGCCGUGGCUGCUCCGCUGCUGCCGAUCGGGGAAAGCUCGGCUCCUUCGCCGCCAAAAUGCCGGCUGUGUCCAAAGGCGAUGGGAUGCGCGGCUUGGCCGUCUUCAUCUCCGACAUCAGGAACUGUAAAAGUAAAGAAGCAGAGAUAAAGCGAAUAAAUAAAGAAUUGGCAAACAUUCGAUCUAAAUUUAAAGGUGAUAAAGCCCUUGAUGGCUACAGUAAGAAAAAAUACGUCUGCAAGCUGCUUUUCAUCUUCCUCCUGGGACAUGAUAUUGAUUUUGGCCACAUGGAAGCUGUGAAUCUACUGAGUUCAAACAAAUACACAGAGAAGCAAAUUGGCUAUCUGUUCAUCUCUGUACUUGUGAAUUCCAACAGUGAACUGAUACGACUGAUAAACAAUGCAAUUAAGAAUGACUUAGCCAGCCGCAACCCCACUUUCAUGGGACUCGCGUUACACUGCAUUGCCAAUGUGGGUAGCAGAGAGAUGGCAGAAGCAUUUGCUGGUGAAAUUCCAAAGAUACUUGUGGCUGGAGACACUAUGGAUAGUGUGAAGCAGAGUGCAGCACUGUGCUUGCUACGAUUAUAUAGAACAUCUCCUGAUCUGGUUCCCAUGGGGGACUGGACGUCGAGAGUUGUGCACCUUCUCAAUGACCAGCAUCUGGGCGUGGUUACUGCUGCUACCAGUCUGAUCACUACUCUGGCGCAGAAGAAUCCAGAUGAAUUUAAAACCUCAGUAUCUUUGGCUGUUUCCAGGCUCAGCAGGAUUGUGACAUCAGCAUCGACUGAUCUUCAGGAUUAUACCUAUUACUUUGUGCCUGCUCCCUGGCUGUCUGUGAAACUGCUUAGACUGCUGCAGUGCUAUCCACCCCCAGACCCCUCAGCACGAGGCCGUCUCACAGAGUGUCUGGAAACUAUUCUUAACAAAGCCCAAGAACCCCCAAAAUCCAAGAAAGUACAGCACUCAAAUGCAAAGAAUGCUGUACUCUUUGAAGCCAUUAGUUUAAUUAUCCACCAUGAUAGUGAGCCAAACCUGCUUGUUCGUGCCUGUAAUCAGUUAGGCCAGUUCUUGCAGCACCGGGAAACUAAUCUUCGUUACCUAGCAUUGGAAAGCAUGUGCACGCUUGCCAGCUCUGAGUUUUCACAUGAGGCCGUGAAAACACACAUAGAAACCGUUAUCAAUGCACUGAAGACAGAGCGAGAUGUAAGCGUGAGACAGAGGGCAGUGGAUCUCUUGUAUGCUAUGUGUGACCGAAGCAAUGCCCAGCAAAUCGUGGCUGAAAUGCUGAACUAUCUGGAAACUGCUGAUUAUUCAAUUAGAGAAGAAAUAGUACUAAAGGUUGCAAUUCUAGCUGAGAAAUAUGCUGUGGAUUACACGUGGUAUGUAGAUACCAUCUUAAAUUUGAUUCGCAUUGCUGGAGACUAUGUCAGUGAAGAAGUAUGGUACAGAGUUAUUCAGAUUGUAAUUAACAGAGAUGAUGUUCAAGGAUAUGCAGCAAAGACUGUUUUUGAGGCUCUUCAAGCACCAGCCUGUCAUGAGAACUUAGUAAAAGUAGGUGGCUAUAUCUUGGGAGAAUUUGGAAAUCUGAUUGCCGGGGAUCCAAGAUCAAGUCCUCUGAUUCAGUUCAACCUGCUGCACUCAAAGUUUCACCUGUGUAGUGUUCCAACAAGAGCACUGCUUCUGUCGACAUACAUCAAAUUUGUGAAUCUGUUUCCUGAGAUAAAAACUACAAUUCAAGAUGUACUACGAAGUGAUAGUCAGCUAAAAAAUGCUGAUGUAGAGCUGCAGCAGAGGGCUGUUGAAUACUUGAGGCUCAGUACAAUUGCAAGUACUGAUAUCCUGGCAACAGUGCUAGAAGAAAUGCCUCCAUUUCCAGAGAGAGAGUCAUCCAUUCUGGCCAAGCUCAAGAAGAAGAAAGGUCCCAACACAGUUACAGAUUUGGAAGAGACAAAAAAGGAGAGAAACUCUGAUAUGAAUGGCAGCACAGAAGCUACACUUGUAAAUGCCAGCACUGCGUCAACUCCAUCUCCUUCAGCAGACCUUCUAGGCCUGGGCGCAGCCCCAGUUACAAAUUCAUUUCCACCCCCAUCAUCUAGUGGCAGCUUGUUGGUUGAUGUGUUUUCAGAUACUUCUGCAAAUCCUGCUUCUCUUGCUCCAGGUUCUGAAGACAACUUUGCAAGUCCUGACCUGACUUCCAGUGAGCAGGUAGUUUCUGAGGAACCAGCUGAUGCUGUGCAUGAUGCUGAUGAGCUUUUUCACAAGUUCGUCUGCAAAAAUAAUGGAGUCUUGUUUGAGAAUCAGUUGCUACAGAUAGGUCUGAAAUCUGAGUUUCGACAGAACCUGGGUCGGAUGUUCAUAUUUUAUGGUAACAAGACAUCAACACAAUUUUUAAAUUUUUCUCCCACCCUAAUCUGUUCAGAAGAUCUUCAGUCAAGCCUGAAUCUGCAAACAAAACCAGUUGAUCCCACUGUGGAAGGAGGUGCUCAAGUGCAGCAAAUAGUAAACAUUGAAUGCAUAUCAGACUUCAUGGAAGCACCUGUCCUGAAUAUUCAGUUCAGAUAUGGUGGGGCAUUGCAAAAUGUCUCUGUGAAGCUACCCAUCACACUGAACAAGUUUUUCCAGCCUACAGAAAUGGGCUCUCAAGACUUUUUCCAACGGUGGAAACAGUUGAGCAGCCCUCAACAAGAAAUGCAGAACAUCUUCAAAGCAAACCAUCCAUUGGAUACAGAAAUUACAAAGGCAAAGAUCAUUGGCUUUGGCACCGCUUUACUGGAAGAUGUGGAUCCCAAUCCUGCAAAUUUUGUAGGAGCUGGUAUAAUCCAUACGAAAUCAAGCCAGAUUGGAUGUUUGAUGCGACUUGAGCCCAACCUACAGGCACAGAUGUACAGAUUAACGUUACGAACAAGUAAAGAAACUGUUUCCCGAAGGUUAUGUGAACUUCUCUCAGAACAGUUCUGAACAGUUCACAAUUCAAUAUGUUUCUCAGUGUUACGUUGUCCUUGUCCUGCUCAAAAAACAUUUGAUACACCAGUGUCUGUAAAACUAACUCCCACCACAUUCACAUCCCUGCCUUGAAUGACCCUCUUUAUGUGAAAUAAAAGAUAACCUGUAUCAUAAACUUCUGUAAACACAGGGGGAGAAAUGGUCUUGUAUUUCUGAUGAAAAGAGGCUGACAGGUCUCAAGUAUGUCAGAUCAAUUGUACUCCAUACAUUUUGGCAAAUGUUUUUGUUUUGUUUUACUUUUUAAAAACUGUUUCAGCAAGAUUCGCUGAAAUUUUGUUCAAUGAAUGUGUAUUUGGUCACCUUGUCAGGCUGGUGUGUUCAUCUACUUUACGUGACUCAACUCCCCGAAGGUGUACAAGGGAAAAUUUCAGAAUAUUUGGAGGACAGUUUCUACUACUACUCUGUUUGCUUGUCACUAAAGUCACUUUUUCUGGAGAGGCCUGUGAACACUUGCUUUCUGAAGAACAUAAGUAGGCACAUAUUAUGAUUCAUAGUUUAAUAUCUUCAAACCUAAAGCUUUAAAAGCUUUAAAUCCCACCCCUCCCAAGUUCUGAACUACCAAAGAGUACUUAAGUAUUUUGUCAAAUGCUUAAGUUUUUAAAUUCAGGUUGGGUUUUUGGAUAGUAUGAGUUUUUCCAAAGCUCUAGUUGAUCCAUCUAAACAUCUAUUCACUUGGGUUGCAAAUAAUAAAAGAAUCACUUGACACAUUCUGGCAUGCUAACACUUUCCUAUGCUUCUGUAGAUCUUACACACCUGCCCCUCCCAUCGUUUGUCACUAAUGUGGGUUCCCCAUUUUUUACUUUCUUGAUCACAUUGGCUAGCUUCAAUUCUGAAUGGGAAAAAAUUAUGUGGGCUUCAGCAAGAACAAAGAUGAGAUUAUUGUUAAUGUCGUCAUUAUUGGAGUAAAUGUUUUAUGUAACUAAUGCACUUUUUGUAUUAGGAAUUCACUGCUCUGUUUUAAGAAAGCCUAGUAAUGGUUCAUUGCAUUUGUUGCAUGACUUGAUAUAUGCAUUUGUAACAUAUCAUGUAAUAGCAGAAUAUAAGUAGAAUUGAUAUUUGACUAACAUCAGCCACAUGUCUCUGAAGAGCAUCUAAGCAAUAAGCAGUCGAUAUACAUGAAAGACAUGGGGGGUGCUCAAAUGAGCUAGAAUAAGAACUGUGUUGAGCUGAUCAUAAAUUCAUUUGGUAUUUGAGUUAGCAGGUUUUUAAAAACAAAAACAGAUAAAGACCUCUCCAGGCAGUCUGGAGUUGUCAACAUUAGCUGGUUUUCUUUAAUAUGGGUAUUGGGUUAGAAUUAGGACCCAGGAGGCUUGUUGUUGGUUUUGACCAACUUCUUCAGCCAGAUUUACAGUAUCGACACAUUACCUGGCACAUAAUGAUAAAGUAAAAAGGCCAGAAUGGUUUUCCUACAAGAUCACUGGGGAAACUGAGCUACCAUAAUUUCUCCCAGGGUUAUUAAGAGUAGUUAAAAACAUGAGAUCUUCUGAAGCUUGUUUUGUCACAUAGCAGGUGCUGUUGCAAUGAUUUGCCAUCUUUCUCCUUAACAUUGGUCUGACCUUCUGAAGCAUGGGGGAGUUACUCUCCUGUCAUGUCACCUGACAACACUGUUUCUGUGGACUCCUCACUGGUACAUUUUUGUGUCUGUGUGAAAAAAAUGUGAUUUAUCCACAAAGAGACAUGGGACUCUAAAUAUAUAGCUGAAUGAUUAACUGUAUAUAUGGGUAAUUGUACUUUAUGCAAAGGACUUUGUCUCCAGAAUGAGCCAUAUAGGCAUUAUUUUGAGAGAGAAAACACAGAAAAUUCUGUCUUUAUUGGGAUAAAUGACUUAAUUACCAAAGUUGUGUAUCUUUCUCCAUCUUAAAGUGAAGUAACAGUUUCUGUGGCUAAAGCAGUAUUAGUAAUCCAAGUACAGUAUUUGUUAUGUUGAUGUGAAAAAUACCUGAACAAGAAUAUUCUGUACUUUUAGGCCUACACUCCAAUAUGUAAUAUGUAGUCAUUUCACUUGUAAAACAAAGAAGAAAGAAACACAAGCUUAUAUGAUGGAAUUUCAUUAUUAUAACUGCAAAUUUUUAAAAAAUAUAUAAAUCUAAUCAUGUUAUCUUUAAUGGAAAAAUAAAAGACUAGAAAAUCAAAACUUAA